AUGGAGAACCUUCCUGUUGAGCUCUUGACAGAAAUCACAUCCACCCUCAACAUUAGCGAUGCCACAUCUGCGCAGAGAGCUAGCGCCCCCAUCGGGACCAGGGCCAACCCCUUCGCGUACUUGCGUCGCACUUUCGGGAACCCACUGGAGCUGAUGAGCGCCAUGAUGGAAACCGGCACUAUUAUAAGCGGAUCUAGAGCUCUGGAAUACUUUGAGCCUGGCAGUAUCGACGACAGCUCCGAUUGGGACUUCAUCGUGCAUCCGGAUGAUACGGCCAUUGGCUUAAUGCUGCGCACUCUGGAAUGCUCGGGAGUUACGUGGGAUGUAGACAUAGGCAUCUUCGACAGACUGCUACAUAGUCCUCGCGGCCACGUUGAGCGAACGUCUCUGGGCAUACUCGACAGAGCCAACGCACACGCCAGACGCAACAUGCACGCCGAUACUACGGGCAUGGGAAAGGCGUACUGGCAGGACGUGCACCGCCUCGUCAACAGACUCCUACAGAUGGCGAACAGAUCCGUCAAACAGUGCCGAAGGAACACCAGGGCGCAGAGCGACGAGGAAGGGGUGCUCCCAGUGGCAGUAGUCAUAACAAAAGAGGAUGACACCAUUGGAUACAGCGGCAUGGCUCUGCUGGUGAGCUGCGAGAUAGUCUCGGAGAACAGGAUGACAUAUGCGGAGGACAACGAGGGGCUCCAGAUGUACGUUAUCAAGGGAAGCAUAGACGUGGGAGGGAAAGCAACUGCAGUCCAGCUGAUUCCGCACUUACGUGGCCGGCUGGGCAGCAAAGUUCGCUCCCUUGACGUUGUGGUAAGCUUCUACGCCACCCAUGUGCAGUGUUUCAUAUCAGGCUGGUGCGCUGUGCAGCUGUUCCCCGACUUCACCAGGUGCAGAGCUGCUGCCUAUUGGUCAGGACCACUUAGAGUGCGUAUUUCAGCACAUGCGGGACCACAUGCGGCAUCUGGAGUGGGAGAUAACAUACGACUCCCGGCUGCCCGUAUCCAGGCGGCCCGCAGAGAGCAGGAGAAGAGGGCCUAG